AUGACGACUCAAAAGCCCAAGGUUCUUGUUGUCCUUACCUCGGCCGACAAGGUCCCCAAGACUGGCAAACAGAUUGGUUGGUAUUUGCCUGAGCUCGCACACCCUUUCCACGUCCUCAACCCCCUUGUCGAGCUGGUCUAUGCUUCGCCCAAGGGUGGAGUGUCACCUCUUGACCCGGUAUCCGUCGAUCUCUUCAAGGAGGAUCCGGUGUGCAAGGAUUUCCUCGAAAAUCACACGUCAGUCUGGGAGAAGACGGCAAAGCUGUCUGAUUUUGCUGGCCGAGCCUCGGAGUUUGACGCCAUCUUCUACCCGGGCGGACAUGGUCCCAUGGUAGAUCUCGCGGAUGACCAGCAUUCGAAAGAUCUGCUCCGUGACUUCCACUCGCAAGGCAAAAUCAUUUCGGCCGUGUGUCACGGCCCUGCAGCUCUUGUCAACGCCACUACUGCUGCAGGCGAGCCGUUGCUGAAGGGAGUGCGGGUCACUGGAUUUGACAAUGUGGGCGAGGAAAUGUUUCAGUUCACUGAGGACAUGGACUUCAGUCUCGAGGAUAGGUUGGGUCAAGUCAGUGGCGGCAACUACGUCAAGGCUGACGAGGGUCCCCUUGCGGAAAAGGUCGUGGUCAAUGGCAAGAUUAUCACGGGGCAGAACCCGGCGUCGUCCAAGGGAGUGGCUGAGGAGAUUGCCAAAGCUCUAGAGGUCUAG